AUGACACGACUUCUGCUUAUCCUCUUCGCAGUGUUAGCGGUAACAGUGGCGGAGCCAGCGCCUGGAUACCUAGCCCAUUCAGCAGUAUAUCCAGUAAUCCACCAUGCUCCUCUGUACCACGCGCCAAUCGUCCACCAUGCACCCAUAUACCACCAAGCGCCGGUAUACCACCACGCGCCGAUAUAUCACGCCCCAAUAGUACAUCACUCUCCAAUCAUAGCGCAUCCACCGGUCGUUAAAUACAAAGUGAAAUCGCAUUACCAUCUUUUUGGAAAAUAA